CCCCGCCAAAUCUCACCGUUUCGCUUUACUGUUUGAGCUUCGCUGUCUUCUACCAUCCUAAUACAGUAUAAAAACUUGUCUGCAACUGAAUUUUAAAGGGUUUAUGAAAUUUCCGAUCUCCACAGAUUACAGAUGAAGAGAAGGGUUAGAAUUAGCAACUGGUGAUGAUGAUUCGGUCGGCGUUCAGACUAUCCCGUGCAGCAACCACUGUCGUCAAGAUUGCGCAUUCGGGAUUCAACUCUCGCAAGCCAACAACUUUCGCUCCGUCGGCGGCGGCAUCACGGUCGCUUCACGAGAGAGUCACCAGUCCCAAUGCCAACCCAGUUACCAUUCAGAUGAUCGACUACGCUCUCUCCCUUCCACGUGCUCAAAAGUCGGAUGAAUCGUAUGGGGAAGCUAUGCUGGUGCUGGAGCAGUGCCUGGCUUCGCAGCUAAGUGGUGGUGAAGAUUUUGUGUCCCAGAACUCCAAGGGAAUGGUCCUACUCGCCAUGGCCAAUCUCUCGUUUGAAAGGGGGAACUUCAACGAGGCAUUGGAGCAUCUACGGAGAACACAUGAGCUACAGAAGGCAUCUUUGGGUGUUAAAGUUGCUGCCUUGGAAGCUCUUGUUGGACUGAGCUUGGAGUUGGGGAAUGAUGAUGCUUCAUCGGUGCUCGCAGAUAAAUGUUCAGCUCUGUUAGUUUUAGACGAGUUAGCCAGUACCGGUGCUGGUUUAGAGGUUGCAGAUGCUCGUGCAAAGGCACUCAAAGGUUUUGUUGAGUCUAUUCGUGGCAAUUUUAAAGCAGCUGAAUCACACUUUGGAGGAUUACUGGGAAAUGAUGACUGUGUUGGGUCUGCUGCUUUGUCAUAUGGAGAAUUCUUGCACGCCACACGAAAUUUCACAAUGGCAAAGGAAUUGUAUCAGAAGGUUACUGAAGGAGAGGCUUAUAACAAAGAGUUCAAUGACCGCAAUGCAUUAACAGCUUGCAACAUGGCUUCAGAUCAAGUUCAGAUAGCAGCCACUUGUGCCCUGGGACAGCUUGAAGCACACAUGGGGAAAUUUGAUGAUGCGGAAGAAACAUUAACCAAGGCACUGAACAGGGUUGAGUUAUUAUAUGGUCCUCGGCACCCUAGGGUUGGAGUAGUCUUGACUUGCUUGGCACUCAUGUUCCGGCAGAAAGCAACACAAGAGCACUCAAGCUCUCUCUUGAUUCAGGAGGGACUCUAUAGAAGAGCAAUCGAGUUGCUGAAAGUUCCAUCAGUUGAUUCUGAAGUUAAUCAAACAAUGGGAGCUUGGAGGGACAUCGCCGCCCUUGCAAGAGCUGGCUACGCAGAAGCACUUAGUGUCCAAGAUAACAGAAAGAGUGAAGGAGAGAAGAUGAAAAGUUGGGCAGAAGCUCAUUGGAGAAACAGUCGCUUAUCUCUUGCCGAGGCACUCAGAGUCACUGAAUCCUCCAACAGCGUUCCUGUUAUAGAUGCUCGAACUGGUAGAGCUCUGUAACUGUAAGGUCUUGUUUGAUAAGCAAAAGAAUAAAAGCUGGAUGCUGCUGUUGUAGUGUUGUACAUCAAAAUGAUACCAUUAAAGACAUCUAUAUGAACGUUGAAGAAAGAACCUUUUCUGUACUAGUACAUCCUCCCAGAAAGUUGCAUCCUAAUUUGUUAAUCCAAAGUACAAAGGCGAGUCCCUUCUACAGAGGAAUGAAUAUCCAGACCCUUCCCGAUAUAAACUCCAAUCACUUCAAGUAUGCCUUCGUUAAUUAUCAGUUCGACGAUGAAAGUA